GACAGGUAUAAAUACCGUCCCCAUCCAAACCCUAGUCAGUCACUUGUCCCAUCUCGUUCUGGAUAACCCACUCAGGACCCCUGCAAGAGAACGGUCCCGGAGAUCCAGAGGACGCGUCCGCAUCCGCAUCCAUGGGCUCGUGCCAACUUCUCACAUCUUUGGUCCUGUCCAUGUGCUGUCAUGUGCUGUCCACAACGGCAUGGUCGGUGAAUAAUUUUCUGAUGACAGGACCCAAGGCAUAUCUCACAUAUUCAAGCAGCGUGCAAGCCGGAGCCCAGCGCGGCAUCGAGGAGUGUAAACACCAGUUUUCAUGGGACAGGUGGAACUGUCCAGAGAGCGAACUGCAACUGUCCACCCAAAAAGGACUGCGAAGUGCUACUAAAGAGACCGCUUUUCUGCAUGCCAUAACCGCUGCCGGAGUGAUGUACACACUGACCAAGAACUGCAGCAUGGGAGAAUUUGAUAACUGCGGUUGUGAUUACUCAAAGUCUGGAGAAAUGGGAGGUCGAGGUUGGAUCUGGGGAGGCUGCAGUGAUAACGCUGAAUUUGGGGAGAACAUUUCCAAGCAGUUCGUGGACGCCCUGGAAAACGGCCGCGACUCACGAGCUGCUGUGAACUUGCACAACAACGAGGCUGGGAGACUUGCCAUCAAGUCCACGAUGAAGAGGUCAUGCAAGUGCCACGGUGUGUCCGGGAGCUGCAACAUCCAGACAUGCUGGAUGCAGCUGUCUGAGUUCAGGGACGUGGGCAACUUCCUAAAGAUUAAAUACGAUCAGGCGCAGAAGCUCGAGAUGGACAAGAGGCGGAUGAGAGCGGGCAACAGCGCGGAGAACCGCGGCGCCAUCGCGGACACCUUCGGCACCAUUGCGCGCUCCGAGCUCGUCCACUUGGAGGACUCCCCCAACUACUGCGUGAGGAACCUCAGCCUGGGCCUCCACGGUACCGAGGGCAGGGAGUGUCUGCAGGGCGGCAAGAACCUGUCGCAGUGGGAGAAGCGCAGCUGCAGGAGGUUGUGCCACGAGUGCGGCCUGAAAGUGGAAGAGAAGAAGAUUGAGACGGUCAGCAGCUGCAACUGCAAGUUCCACUGGUGCUGCACCGUCAAGUGCGAGAAAUGCACGCAAGUCGUGACCAAAUACUUUUGCGCAAAGAGGAAUAAAGGCGGUCGACCCCACGGCUCGCGGAGGAAGAAUCGCGUGCGCCACAAUUAGCCGCUAAUGUGCCUAAAAAAACUUUUUAUGUGCAUAAAAAAUGUAUAUUUGUAAAUAUAUUUUAUUGACUUUAUUUUUACACCAUCAGACUGAUUUCAGGAAAAGAAUUCUCAGACAAGGCUUGAUUCACAAGACUUGACUCUAUUCUCUCUCCACUGUCAGCUGGGCAGAAUUAUUAUUAUUAUUAUUAUUAUGCAGUACUUAUUAUGUUCUACAUAUCUGCACUUUGUUUUGUUAAUAUUUUUGAAAUCACAUUUUUACUUUAAGAUAUGUUUAAAUCAAAUGUUCCUUCACCACGAGCACAACCUUCUAUUUCACAGGGGGCUGAAAAGUUUACAUUGUUUUUUUUUUUCCACACAAACACUUUUUUUAAUUUUCUAAAUUUAUGUGUAUUGAUAUUUUGUACUCAGAAAAAAACAUUAAAUAUUUCUGAUAAUAUA